CAAAAUAAGCUAACCCAAACACCCACAGAGUGUAAAAGGACGUGAAUAAUGAGAGCCUAAAGGACGUAAAACAACUGCAAUCGUGGAUUCAGGUGAGUGUUAUUUCAAACCUGCAAGUCAUGAGGCCCUUAGUCCGCAUGUUCUCUCAACUUCAUCUAGCCAAUGAAACCACCUACACUUACAACACAAUGAUGAAAGCCCAGCUAGCGAAUUCAGAUUCAGUCCCGCAAAUGGCUUUGGAAAUUUUCGUCAAAAUGAAAAGAAAUGGAAUCGUUUGUGAUAAUUAUACAUACCCAAUUGUGUUAAAGGCCUGCAGGAUAACACGUGGACUGUCGGAAGGAAGACAAGUUCAUGGGGAGGUUGUGAAAAUUGGGUUUUUCAAUUCUGAUGUUUUUGUGACAAAUGGGUUGAUCGGUAUGUAUUGCAAGUGUGGUCAGAUGAGUUGUUCAAGGGCUCUGUUUGACUGGUUUCAUGACAAAGAUUUGGUGUCUUGGAACUUGAUGGUCAGUGGGUAUGUAGAGUGUGGUGAUAUGGUGGAAGCACACAAGGUGUUUGAUGAAAUGCCUGAGAGAGAUGUGGUUUCUUGGUCCAUUAUGAUUGAUGGGUAUGGCAAGAAAACAGGUGAUGUUGCGCGCGCUCGCUUGCUGUUUGACAAAAUGCAUAACCGAGACGUGGUGUCAUGGAAUACCAUGAUAGAUUUAUAUGCGAAGGUAGGUGAUAUGGUGGCAGCACGGGAACUAUUUGAUAUGAUGGAGCAUAAGAGUCUAAUUUCAUGGAGCAUUAUAAUAAACGGCUACUUGCAGCAUCAUAAUCCCAUGGAAGCGUUAAAAAUGUUCAAUUUUAUGCUUUCUCAUGACAUAAAACCAGAUAAAUUCUGCGUCGUGGGUGCAAUAUCAGCUUGUGCACAAUUGGGUGCACUUGAUCAAGGAAGGUGGAUUCAUACGUACAUCAAAAAGAAGAAAAUCGCGCUCGAUAUAGUGGUGAAUACGGCACUUGUGGAUAUGUACAUGAAAUGUGGUAGCACUGAAGAGGCCCGGGCCGUUUUUAAUGGUAUGCCAGUAAAAAAUGUGGUUAGUUGGAAUGUAAUGAUUUCUGGGCUUGGCGUCAAUGGUUUUGGAGGUGAAGCGUUGAUCUAUUUUAGUCAAAUGGAACGAGAACGAAUCCAGGUGGAUGAUUUGAUAUAUGUGAGUGCUUUAUCCGCUUGUAGUCACGGAGGUUUUCUAACAAAAGGUCUUGAGAUCUUUAAGAGAAUAAGAAACCCGAAGGUUGAACACUAUGGAUGCUUGAUUGAUCUUCUUGUUCGAGCUGGAAAACUGGAACAAGCACUAAGCUUUAUAGUGUCGAUGCCAAUGCAACCGAAUAAAGAUUUGUGGGGGUCGGUUCUUUUGGGAUGCCGGGUACAAAAGAAUGUCGGGUUAGGUGAGUUUGUGUUGAAUAAGCUUAAGGAAGUUGGUGGUGAUGAUUGUGGGGUGUAUGUUCUUAUGUCAAAUAUUUACGCUGAUAAUGGAAUGUGGGAAGAUGUAAUGAAGAUGAGGAAGAUUUUGUUGGAGAAAGGGGUGGUUAAGGAGAGUGGGAAGAGUGUGAUCGAGGCGGUUGAUGGCAGCGUUCUGGAGUUUGUUUCUGGUAAAAACAGUCUGUCGUUUUGCAACAAUGAUAUCGAACAUGUUCUUUGGAGCUUGUUGAAAAUGGUGGAUUUGGAAUAGGUGCAAUGGACUCGGUAGGAAUUUAUCCUCCACAACUUUUCAUAACAUGCGACUUUUAACAAUCAAGGCGAGGGGGAUGAGGGGAUGACCUUUAACCAUGAGUCCUGAAAGGAUUUUGUAGAAACCAAAAGGUAAACAUGUUAUUUUUAAGUUUAAUAGUUCUGUGAUUGUUUAUAAAAUAAUUAAUUUGCAGAAAGUUUCUAGUGAGUUGAGUGGAUAACUAAUC